CUAGGGGCCCGAACUGAAUCAUCUGUAUGAGAGCGACUCUAGAUUUCAUUCCAUUUAAUAAUAUCUCACCUACUUCUCACACAUUUCGGGUUUUCAGAGAACUUCACUUGCACAGACCUUUUCUGCGGAACAUUAUGAAAGGUUCUAACACUUUCUAGUCAUUCGUCGGAUCCUCUGUUGAAGAGAUUUGAGUGAUUUAUUAGGAUUCACUCUGAUCACCGGUACGAAUAAAGAGCAUCUUCUCCUCUUCAGUGGCUUAAAUCACACAGAGAGAAAGGAGCAUUGAAGACUUUCAGCUGAACUGAAGCUGAAUAUGCCACGGAGCCCGACGUCCAGCGAGGAUGAAAUGGCUCAGAGUUUUUCAGAAUAUUCUCAGGAAUCCAGCUCAGAAAGUUCAAAAGAGGAGGCCAUCUAUGAGACGAUCAGGACAGAACGGCCGGUCAGCCGCAUGACGGACGUCCAGAGCCACUCGCUGGUCAUUAGAGUGAACAUCCCAGACCUGCAGCAAACCAAGUGUGUGAGGUUUAACCCCAGUGCCACGGUGUGGGUGGCUAAACAGCGUCUGCUGUGUACUCUGAGUCAGAAUCUGAAGGAUGUGUUGAACUAUGGUCUCUUCCAACCGGCCAGCGACGACAGCAACGGUGCUUUCUUGGAUGAAGAGCGUCUUGUCAGUGAAUAUCCACAGCUGGCCUGUGAGAGCACCCCGUCACUGGAGUUUCGCUACAAAACCAGACUGUACGAUCAUCCUGGUGCGGAUGAGAAGCAGAUUGCCAGACUUCACACAAAGGCCAACUUGAGGAGGUUCAUAGAUUACAUCCGACAUCAUCAGCUGGAGAAGCUCUCCAAAAUGCUUGACCGAGGCCUGGACCCCAAUUACCAUGACAUGGACACCGGAGAGACGCCACUCACCUUCGCGGCCCAGCUGGAGAAUACGGUGGAGUUUAUUAAAGCACUGAGGAACGGAGGAGCUCAUCUGGACUUCAGGGCCAAAGACGGCAUGACUGCGAUCCACAAAGCAGCUUGCUCUAAAAACCAAGCCACGCUCAAGACACUGCUGGAGCUCGGGGCUUCUCCUAACUAUAAAGACAGUCGUGGUUUGACAGCGCUGUAUCACACGGCCGUGCUGGGCGGAGACACAGACUGCUGCGAGCUCCUGCUGAAUGAGAACGCCUCCGUCUGCUGCCAGGACGAGAACGGCUGGCAUGAGAUCCACCAGGCUUGUCGACACGGUCACGUCCAGCACCUCGAGCACUUGUUGUUUUACGGGGCAGAUAUGAGCGCUCAGAACGCCUCGGGAAACACAGCGCUGCACAUCUGUGCUCUCUACAACCAGGAGAAGUGUGCUCAUGUGCUGCUGGUCAGAGGAGCUGACAAGGAGCUGAAGAACUGCAAUAAUCAGAGUCCGUUUCAGGUGGCCAUAAUCUCUGGGAAUUUCGAGUUGGCGGAGCUGAUAAAGAAGCACAGAGAAAGUGACAUAGUGCGGUUCCCCGAGGUCCCGCUGAACUCCAGACAGCGAGGGCCUCUCCAGAAGAACAGUCUUCCUGUGUCUCGAGGGAUGCUGCGCUCCAACAGUGACAAUAACCUGAUGACGCGAGCCGUGAGUCCGGAGCAGCUCAGUCUGUCCCCGCAGAAGACGCAGAGAGACCCGAGCGGACGGGGAAAGAUGACGGGCCGCGGCGCCAGGACCGUCCCGAGCAGCCAUUCCCUGUCCAUCAGCCUGGAGGACGAGCAGAAAUGUGUCAAUGGCAGGCCGUGCGGCCAGAGCUCCAGGAGGAAGCUGUACAGCGCUGUUCCCGGACGUCAUUUUGUCGUCGUUCGCUCAUACCAGCCUCAAGCUGGCGGAGAACUCACCCUGCACAAGAAUGACAGGGUCAGAGUUCUGAGCGUUGGUGAAGGGGGAUACUGGGAGGGCUGCUGUCGAGGGCAGGUGGGCUGGUUCCCUGCCAGGUGUCUGGAAGAGAUCCCUGUCAAACCUGACAAAGAGAGACCAAAGAGCAGAAUGGAGCGCAGCGACAGGAAAAAACUCUUCAGACAUUUCACUGUUGGUUCCUAUGACAGCGUUGACAGCGACUGUGUGACCGAGCAGAAAACGGUGGUUUUACAGAAGCAGGAGAACGAAGGCUUCGGGUUUGUGCUGCGAGGAGCUAAAGCAGACACACCCAUCGAGGAGUUCAUCCCGACUCCUGCGUUCCCCGCGCUGCAGUACCUGGAGUCUGUGGACGAGGGCGGCGGCGCCUGGCAGAUGGGGCUCCGCUCGGGAGACUUUCUCAUCGAGGUCAACCAUCAGAAUGUGGUGAAGAUGGGACACCGGCAGGUCGUAAACAUGAUUAAACAUGGAGGAAACCGACUCGUCCUCAAAGUGGUGACGGUGAGCAGGAAUCUCGAACAAGACGACAAAACCCCUAAAAAAGCUCCUCCUCCGCCCAAGAGAGCCCCGACAACUGCACUCUCAAUGCGAUCCAAGUCCAUGACAACUGAACUAGAAGAAUUAGAUAAAGUUGAAGAGACCGUGCAGCCACAGAAGCUUGUGCAUGAAAAAGCCUCAUUGGACAAAGUUGCCACGAUCAAGCCCCGCCCCUUGAGUCGCUUUGUGGCCACACCCAUGGAUUUUAAUCCGUCCACGUCUGAAAGGCCAGGAGUAGCUGUAGUUCCCCCUAGUGUUCCUGGAAGAUCUCAUGGAAGUUAUGUUCGUGUGCCAAAAAGCUGUAUGAGAAGACAAAAGUCCAUUGGAAUCGCAGGAGAAGAAAAGAAGCUCCUGAUACCUCCCCUGCUGAAGUUCACCAGAAGUCUCUCUAUGCCUGACACUUCUGAGGAUAUUCCCCCACCUCCAGGUGUCUCUCCUCCAUCCCCACCUUACAACCUCAGUACUCCUGUGGUACAAGGACAUGAGCCCAACCAGCCCAUUUACACACAAAACUCAACAGGCAGAUGCCACACUAUAGACCGAGAUAUAUUCGGGUACCAUCGUCAGAACUUUGAACAAUAUGACUGUCAAACUCCUUCAGCUGCCCAGCAAAACAUGUGUUCCCAUAACAGGGCCCAUGUGCCAGAGAACCCAUAUUCAGACAUGGUGGGCAAGACAUUGUAUAUCCCACCAAAACCAGCUCGUAGGAAGGGUAUAUUGGUAAAGCAGCCAAAUGUGGAGGAUAGCCCUGAGAAAACAUGUUCAAUCCCAAUACCAACCAUUAUUGUCAAAGAGCCUUCGACUAGCAGUAGUGGCAAAAGCAGCCGAGGAAGCAGCAUGGAAAUUGAGACUAGCGCCUCUGAGCAGCCAGGCCAACUACAGCCAGACGGCAGUAUCAUCAAGAGCAACCCUUUUGCAGUUGCUAUUGCAGGGGCAGUACGUGACCGUGAGAAGCGGCUUGAAGCACGCAAAAACUCCCCAGCCUUCCUGUCGAUGGAUCUCGGAGACGAGGAUCCAUUUAUCCCUACCCCUCGUUUACGCCAGUCCAUGUCCAUAGAUGAAGGCAUGUUUGCCAAUGAUAAUAGUUUACAAAAGCUUAUGGCUCCACCGGCUUCUUUAUUGGAGCUCCAGCAAAUUGGAAGCGGAGGCAACAUGACUGACUUUAACAUCCGAGAACCAACAACUGAUCCCCUCACAACACGCAUCGUGAGCUGCCCCAAUACAGACGGUCCCAUCAGUCUCGAUGGAGAUUUCCAAAACCAGACAUUAGGAAAGACUCGUGAUAUUUGUCCACCCUUGGCUCUGAGUCUAGCUGCAAGUAAUAGAGCUCUGAAGGAGCAAGUGCAACCCACUCUUCCUCCACCUAAAGGAGAACCUCACAAAGCAAACCUCAACCAGCCACUCUUCAUAGACACCAAGCUACGGUCAAAUAUUGAAGCCAACUUUGUUGCCACAGCUGCAGUGGGUCAAGCAAAAGAUUGUGGAGGUUUGUUUAGACACACAAGAGAGUCCAAUCAUGAAACAGAAAAGGCAAAGGAAAGAAAUCCAUCUGAGCAGUCAAAGAACUCCAUUAACACAUCACAACAGCAGUCAGCAGGGCUCCUCAUGGUCCACACACAAAAUAAGCCAAAGCCACAAGUAAACAGUCAGCCUGAUAGAUUAGAACAAGAAGAGUCCCCUGGAAUGGACAGAGCACCCAUUGAGUCCAACAUCAAACUUACAGCCCACAACUCCCAGCCACCUCAUACGAGGAACUUCGUCACCUCUGUGGAGGAGCCUGUCAAGUUUCCCUGUACCAUUCCUCCCCCCCCAAUGACCUCGGUGGAUAUUGAUGUGGAGUUUGACUUAACUGAACCCUUGCCUCCACCUCUGGAGUUUGCCAACAGCAUUGAUGUACCUGAGGACCAGGUAGCAGAAAUUCUCAAGCAGAAAAAGAAUAACAUAAUAGGACCCAUGCCUGUUUAUCAUUCACGUGCUUCUACAUCUGACAGUGUGGAGUCCAAGUGUCAUUCGGGGCUUGUAAACUGCAUGACUCCUCACACCUACCCUCCACCACCUCCAGAAAUGUAUGAGCCCGUCACAGACUCGGGCAUUGAGGAAGCUGACAGUCGGAACAAUGGGGACCCUCAUUUUGAGGCCAACAGUACAAUUUCCACAGUGUCCAGUAUUUCUACUCUUUCAUCAGAGGGAAUUGAUGACACAUGUAUAUACUAUGCAGAUGGGCAGACUCUUUUGGUGGACCGACCACCUGUUCCACCAAAGCCAAAAACGAAGCCCACAAUCAACAAAAGCAAUGCACUUUACAGGGACCCUUUGCAUGAUAGGAUACACGAGAGCAUAGAGUCCUUCGGACAGCUACCACCAGUCCCUUUGCCACCCCUGGGCUGUGGAGCACAAUCUGAACUUCGCAAAAAACUUGCUCAGCGAGGCACUAAACUCUGGGACCACCAUGAGCUCCCAAACCCCCUCUUACCCAAUGCAGGUCCUAAAGCCAAUGUGAUCAAUGAGCUUAGCUCCAAACUUCAGCAGAUGAACAAGGACAGAUUUCCAAAACAGGAAGGGUCACCGCCUGCAGGAUCCAGAGGCAUUGGAUCAAGAGAGUGGACGGCCCAAGCCUCAGGUACCAAACACAGCAACACUGUUCCCUCCACAACCCCGAGCAACUUGCCCCCUCAGGCUUCCAGUCCAGCCUCGCCUCCUGAAUCUGGUCAUUGCUCUUCUCUCCCAGGCUCUGCCGCCUCCCCCACAUUAACAGAUGUGUUUAGCCUUCCAUCUCCACCCAUUGUGAGUGCAGAGCAGUGCUACAGCCUCAGCUCAGUCCGCAGUCGAUCGCCGUCCCCUCUCACGCUGUUUCAGGCUUCAGACAAGCCCUUUGCCAAGAAACCUGUCCUACUCUGGACCAAGCACGAUGUAGCCGACUGGCUUGAAAGCCUGAACUUGCAGGAACACAAGAAGGCCUUCUUGGACAAUGAAAUCGAGGGCACCCACCUUCCCAACCUCCAAAAGGAAGACCUUGUAGACUUGGGUGUCACUCGUGUUGGUCACCGGAUGAACAUUGAAAGGGGUCUCAAACUUCUAAUGGACAGAUAAAGGGUGCAUACACUCGGUACAGUGCUUGGCAUGGAUAUUGGCUUGAUCAAUCCCUCGUUUUCUCCAGCUUUUUUCAUUCUAGCUGUGUUGCAUCUGUUGAAGUGUGGGACGAUUCUCCCUGUAUUGUGGUCAGAGGCGCAGUAAGUACCUUGGAUACAGAACUGCACUCAGGAACACUUCUAAGAGGACUUGUUCUUGCUUAAAAAAAAGCAUUGUUUAAAUGUCUGGAGCUUGUCUCAGAUGGACAACUCUAAGCAGCAGAGCUUGGAUGUCCUUUCUUUUUAACCUUUGAUACAGCUAUUUCUGGGUAAAUUUAAUUUCAGAUGUUUUCUGAAAGAACAUGGAUACCCAGAUGAACACUGUCCUUAUAUAAUAAGGUUAGCUGAAAAUGUCAAAUUCACUCAGGCUUGAACAGGAAAAUGUAUUCAGACCCUUAAUAUUCCAGAUAAGUGCACGGGAUGGUGGCACUAGUGAAGCCGCUCUUCAUCCUUGAUGCUACUUGAUUUUCAUGAGAUUGAAUGAGGACGGAGUCAUAUAUAGCUUUGUUUGAGCCUGUCGGCAAAUAUUACAUGCUACAAAAUACACAUAUGCUUUCCCUAACAUUUCCCUAUACAAAAAGGAUAUUUUUUGUGUUCUUGCUGCAGAUUGCGCAAGCUAUAGAGAAUUAAAAAACAAAUAACUAAGGCUUGAGAGGAAGAACAAUCUUAAUGAGAGCUUGUGGCAUAGCUCAUAAAUCAGGUGUAAUUAUUGUGCUUAUCAGCUGCCAUGGAUCACAUAACAUCUAUAGUAGCCUCGCAUUAAGGUAGCGACAGAGCUUUUUUAUAUUGUGACUUGGUUGUGGAUUGUGAUAUUGAUUGGAUGAAGGUUGAUCUGACUAUGAGGUUUCUGAGGACUGUAAGGCUGGGCACACACUUGAAGAUUUUAAGGCCGGGGGGGGGGCUGUCACAUCAAUUUUUUUUGUCCAAAGAAACCUCCUCCAAUGGUAUUAAAAUCGGUUCAGAACUGAAAAUCGUCUAGUGUGUCCCAGGCCUAAGAAAGUGUUGUUCAAACGGACAGAAUGAUUGGAGAUUGACAUUUUGAACAAAUAAAUUACAAGGUCAAAACUAUUAUGAAAAAUGAAAUGAAUGCAUAGAUGAAUAGCUCACAAUAAGAUCGAUUGCACAUUUAAAAAGCAGCUUGGAAUGAAAUGUAAAUUCACCGUUUUAAUGCGAGUUGCGGAACCAUGCU